GGUGAUGGCAGGGGUGGGGCAAGCCAAGGUGGAGUUGUGUUGGUGGCCACCGGGAGCUUCAACCCUCCCACCUACAUGCACCUGAGAAUGUUUGAGCUGGCAAAGGAUGAGUUGCAGCAGCGGGGGUACUCCGUGCUGGGUGGGUACAUGUCCCCGGUGAAUGAUGCGUAUAAGAAGAAGGACCUCUUACCGGCUAUUCACCGAAUCCGCCUUUGCGAACUGGCGUGUGGGAGCUCAUCUUUCGUGAUGGUUGAUCCAUGGGAGGCAAUGCAGAAAGGUUAUCAGCGCACCUUGACUGUUCUCUCGAGGGUUAAGAACUCUCUUUGCAAGGAUGGCUUAGCUGAUCAAGGUAGUCUCAAGGUAAUGCUCUUAUGUGGUUCUGACCUGCUUGAGUCUUUCAGCACCCCAGGAGUUUGGAUUCCAGAUCAGGUCAGGGCCAUAUGCAAAGACUUUGGUGUUGUUUGUAUACGCAGAGAAGGAAACGAUGUUCAAAGGCUAAUAUCCAAAAGCGAGACACUGCAAGAAUGCAGGGAUAACAUCAUUUCGGUUGAUGAGAUUGUGCCAAAUCAGAUCAGUUCAUCCAGAGUAAGAGGAUGUAUAAGAAGAUGUCUCUCGAUAAAGUACCUCACUUGUGACGAAGUAAUCGAGUACAUUAGGGAGCACAAACUUUACAUGGAAAUUGAAGAGACUGAUACCAGAUCAUGACAAUGUUGGAAGCCUUUUCAAACGAUUAGCGGUCAUGGUGCCGCGCCGCUGUGAGUAUCAAUAUUUUGAUAUAAUCGGAGUACCGAAGACGAUGAGAUACCACCCUUAUAAGAAAUAAAGGGGUCUGGCUGCUCGGUAGA